GCAUGCCCUUGUCCCAAAUUCUCCUCCACCACUAUCUUGUCGUCUUGUGUCAGAACAGUGUUGGUGUUAACGACGGCCGUCUGGCUCGGCGUGGUUGGCUUGAAGAAACGAGUCGGCUAAAUUCACGAACAACCAACGACCUACCUCACUUCGCCUUAGUUCUCACCGCACCUAACGUUCUACCCCAGACAAACGGAAACGUGAAGCAUUCUUGUCCCCUUCGCUUUUCUUUAUAACCUCCUCCCACCACGACGUUGGGCACCUUUUUCCCGAUCGAAGAGCCUCCGGGCAACGGUGCCCGUCAUGACGUGGCAACCGGAGGAGGAUGGGUUGAGGCAGUUAUCGGAAUACCUCAAGAAUUCCUUGAGUGGCCAUGACAGGGAUAAACAAAAAGAAGCUGAGGUGAUGCUCAUGAAUGCGCGCAACAACAAGGAUUAUGUCAAUUACCUUACCUACAUCUUCAGCACGCCGCAGUUGGGCCAGACGCUGAACCUCGCAGCACCUAGUCUCUUCCUCAUUCGGUAUGCGGCAGCUGUCAACCUCAAGAACCACAUCAAACUGUUCUAUAGUCAGAUCCCCAAGGAUCAAUUGGCAUAUAUCAAGGUCGCCACACUCAAUGUUCUCCGCGACCAGAAUUCGCAGUUGCGCAGUUUCGCCGGCACUGUAAUCACCGAGACCGUCCAACAGGGCGGUCUGCUUCAAUGGCCUGAGAUCCUGCAAGAGCUGCUAUCGCUCGUGGGUAACAGCAGCGGAAAUUCUGCGCCAGAGACGCAGGAAGGUGCGAUGAGCGCUCUGGCGAAGGUCUGCGAGGAUAACCGAAAAUUGCUCGACAAGGAGUUCCAAGGUCAACGCCCCAUGACUGUCAUUGUGCCGAAACUGCUCGAGUUCGCCGUUCAUCAAAACCCUAAAAUCAGGGUCUUUGCGCUCAGUACCCUGAAGUCGUUCAUUCCGCAAAAGUCCCAGGUUCUGUUCUCUGCAUUGGACGUCUAUCUGCAGACUAUCUUUCAACUCGCUACAGAUCCGGACGUGCAAGUCAGACGCAUAGUGUGCCAAUCGCUCGUACAGCUUGUGGACUCGAGACCAGACAUGCUGGCGCCGCAUCUAGAUGGACUGGUCAAUUAUAUCCUCACCCAACAACAGACGACUGAUCAUCCAGAUCUUGCGUUGGACGCGGCCGAGUUCUGGUUGAGUGUUGGGGAACAAGAUCAAUUGCGAGAUCAAAUGGGGCCUUAUCUGGAAAAGAUCAUUCCUGUGCUUCUCGCGGGAAUGGUAUACGGAGAAGAGGAUGCUUUCAGACUGGGUGGUGAAGAGAAUAAUGCCGACGUUGAGGAUCGCGCGGAAGACAUCAAACCUCAAUUUGCCCAGACCAAGGCGGGAAGAGGUGUUGUUUCAGUCGAGAAGGAGGAGAGUCAGCCUGGAACGCCGCAAGCAAAUGGGACAUCACAACCUAAGAAAGAUCUGAGUGAUGGGGAAGUUGAGGAAGAAGAUGAAGACGAAGAUGAGUGGGAUGACGAGGAUCCGGAGAACGCGUGGAGUUUGCGCAAAUGCUCUGCCGCCGCGUUGGAUGUUUUCGCCGUCAAUUACCACUCGGCCGUCUUCAACAUCAUUCUGCCAUACCUCAAGGAGAACCUCUCACACACCCUUUGGCCGAAGCGCGAAGCCGCGGUCCUCGCUCUUGGCGCCAUCGCAGAAGGAUGCAUGGAUGUUGUCUCCCCUCAUCUUCCAGAGCUCGUUCCAUUCCUCAUCUCUCUCUUGUCAGACGAGGAACCCGUCGUUCGUCAAAUUACCUGCUGGUGCCUUGCGCGCUACUCCGAGUGGGCUGCCCGGCUGGAUUCCCAGGCUGAUAAACAACGCUAUUUCGAGCCUAUGAUGGAGGGUCUCCUUCAGCGCAUGCUCGACCAGAACAAGAAAGUCCAAGAAGCUGGCGCUAGUUCCUUCGCUUCUCUCGAGGAGAAAUCUGGCGACAAGUUGAAGCCAUAUGUCGAACCUAUCUUACGGCAAUUCACCGAGUGCUUCAGACGAUACAAGGAUAAAAACAUGUACAUUCUGUACGACUGCCUGCAAACCCUCGCCGACAAUGUUGGCCCGCAGAUCGCCAAACCGGAGCUUGUCGACCUCCUCAUGCCUGUAUUGAUCCAACGAUGGAACAAAAUUCAAGACGACUCCCGCGAAAUGUUCCCCUUACUUGGCUGUCUAGGUUAUAUCGCCAUGGCUUACGGCGAUACCUUCGCACAGUUCGCCCCCCCGAUCUUCGAUCGGUGCAUCAAACUCAUUUACGCAAACCUGCAACAGCACAUGGCUUACAUGAGCGGUCAAACCGUCGAUCAACCAGACAAGGACUUCAUUGUGACAGCAUUGGAUCUUCUUAGUGCGAUCAUCCAAGCCAUUUCUCCAGAGAAAUCAGCGCCACUCGUCCAGAACUCGCAGCCUCAGUUCUUCGACCUCCUAGGUUUCUGCAUGGAAGAUGCCACGACAGAUGUGCGUCAAUCCGCGUACGCGGUGUUGGGUGACUGCGCGAUCGCACUCUACCCGAGUCUUGAUCCCUACCUGCCCAAACUCAUUCCGAUCCUCAUAAGACAACUUGAUCUUGACGCCAUCCCAGAUACGGAUUCCGAAAAUGGCUUCAACGUCCUUGCCAAUGUGUGUUGGAGCAUGGGCGAAAUCGCCGCGAGAGCACAGACCAGCAGAAUCUCACCUUUGAUCGAACCGCUCUACCGCGGCAUGUUGUCGCUGAUUACGAAUGAAGAAGUUCCUGACGCAGCAAGUGAGAACGCCGCAACCGCAUUGGGAAGACUCGGUCUGCCGUGUCCGGACCAUCUCGCGCCCUUCUUGUCCGAGUUUGCAGAGCCCUUCUUGCAGUCCAUGUCCAAGAUCACCACGUCGCAUGAGAAGGCCUCGGCAUUCAUGGGGUUCAACAACAUUCUGGAGAAGAAUCCUCAAGCCAUGGAGUCCAGUCUGGCAUUGUACUUUUCUGCGAUCGCGCAGUUCCCCCUCAAAGGGCGGCAGGGACAGGAAUACAGCGACGUCCGCGCCAGUUUCGCCCGGGUUAUCAACGGUCUCGCCGGCCUGAUCGGACAGGAGAGGUUCGAAGGCUUCAUUGCCGGGUUGGCGGCGCCGGUUCGAGCCAAGUUGAGAGAUGGAUAUGGUGUUGGCUCCGGAUGAGGAGGACGGCGACAGAGUCGCGGGACCUGUGCGGUUUGCGGGAACAGCCACCCUUCAUCCCCGCAAGUGCGGAAUUCGGUGCAUGGAAAAUGAGGACGGAAGAGGAGACGAACAUGAAGACAAUGCAGCCACCAAGCCCCUUCAAUUCAAUUACGUUGGACUGUCUGGGAAGCGGAAAAGAGGGAGAGCAGAGGAGUCAAUCCAGACAAAAUCAGUUGGACCCAUUGCGGUGGGGUAGGGAAAAAGCAAGACAAGAGAAAGAGCACAAAUGGGUCGUCGACAUGAUGAACGAGACCGAGAUGAGACGAUCGAUGGAGAGUGACUUGAGGGGAAAAGAGGAUGAAAACUCUCGAGCUGGUCGGAGGGAAUUGUUGGAAUACGCCCAUUCGCCAACAACCAAACAAACACACAAACAGCCCCUACGUCGAACAACGAUUCUGCCACACUCGACGUCGAAGCGGCCAGCGGGCGGGCGUCCCAACAAGCGAGAAACAAGGAAAAGCACCAAGAACGCAGAUGAAACGACAUGACAAGACACGACACGACAUCGUAACAGGACGAGGAUGAGGAUGAACUGCGCAAUUCGAAGCUUGCAUGGGGGCGCUGUUUUGUUUCGAAGCGAAAAGGGUUUCUCUUUCCUGAUCAGACCGAACGAGCAAAACGAUCUAUUACCGAAGGGCGGGGGGAACCAGAAGACCAAUCGGUCAGAAAUUUGAAUCGGCUGCUCCUCCCUUGGCCCUACUUUGCCUUUGUCUUGCCUUGCAUUGUCUUGCCUUGCCUGCCCUAUAUACAAUACUAGGCUGGGGCUGAGACUGAGACUGAGUGAGCUAUCUCGAGACGGACGACAUGUGCGCAGCUGAUGGACUACACCGAGCCGAGCUGCAAUCGAAUGGGAAACACCUGCUUCUUUUUUUUUUCAUGUAGAGAGCGUGAUCCUUUAACCCCUUCUCCUCCAUCCCCUUUUCUUUCAUCUGUAGCGUAGAUAGUCGAGAGUAGAUAGCAGAUAGCUUAGGUACUCCAACCCCCCCC